AUGUCGGCGGUAAUGCUUCCCAAAAAGGUGACUCGAAAAUGGGAGAAACUCCCGGGUAAGAACACUUUCUGCUGCGACGGACGUGUGAUGAUGGCCAGGCAGAAAGGAGUAUUUUACCUGACGCUGUUUCUCAUCAUUGGGACCUGCGCUCUGUUCUUCGCCUUCGAGUGCCCGUACCUGGCCGUCCACCUGUCUGCUGCCAUCCCGGUCUUUGCUGUGGUGCUCUUCCUCUUUGUCAUGGCCAUGCUGCUGAGGACCAGCUUCAGUGACCCAGGCGUGCUACCCCGUGCCCUGCCUGAGGAGGCCAACUUCAUCGAGAUGGAGAUUGAAGCAGCCAAUGGCAACAUCCAGGCUGGUCAGCGGCCUCCUCCCCGCAUCAGGAACGUGCAGAUCAACAACCAAAUCGUCAAGCUGAAGUACUGCUACACCUGCAAGAUCUUCAGGCCUCCUCGCGCCUCCCAUUGCAGCAUCUGUGACAACUGUGUGGAUCGUUUUGACCAUCACUGCCCGUGGGUUGGGAACUGCGUGGGGAAGAGGAACUACCGCUACUUCUACCUGUUCACGCUCUCCCUCUCCCUCCUCACCAUCUACAUCUUCACUUUCGACAUCGUCCACGUUGCACUGCGCUCGGUGGACUCAGGGUUUUUGAACACUCUUAAGGAAACCCCUGGAACUGUGAUAGAGGUCUUGGUGUGCUUCUUCACACUCUGGUCUGUGGUGGGACUGACUGGUUUCCACACGUAUCUGAUCUCCCUCAACCAGACCACCAACGAGGAUAUAAAAGGCUCAUGGUCGGGGAAGAACCGUGUCCAAAACCCAUACAGUCACAAGAACAUCAUCAAGAACUGCUGUGAGGUGCUCUGUGGCCCCACUUACCCCAGUGUUCUGGACAGAAGAGGGGUGAUGGCAGAAGACCCUCUUAGCUCCAGCCCUUCUCCACCCACUCCUGAUGCUGUGGCCACCAAGAGCAACCCAGUUACACCCAACACAAAAACCACAGCUCCGCUGAUCCCUAACGAGCACACUCCUGACGAGGCCAAGCCCAGCAUUGCCGCAGCUGCCCAGAAGACUACGAAAGAGGAGAAAGCGUCCAGCCCCAGGGACCCUAGCCCAAAAGUAUCCCCUGCCCCCAUUGUUGUCAAGGAGUCUGCCCACUAGACCUUCGCCACACACCUUUAAACACUCGUCUGUUAAGGAACUCACACAUUUAAACUGUGGAAAAAGUGUUGGAGAGAGACUCUGAAAGAGACUCUGAGGCUCAGAGCAGCGUCUGUUCUUCAGUGCCCAUGUCCAGACGAACGGCCUCUCAAAGUGGCCACUCCCUCACUGUUGAAGGCUCCUUGGAGGCGCCUUGCCACCCUCCCCUUUUCUCCAAAACACUGCAUGACACAAAAACACGUACAAACUGACCCGUGUUUUGUUGACUGUCUACCUGCAAUGCUUUCCUUCAAGUGGCAUUACCUGUUCCUGAAGGGCCAUUUACCAUUCAUUGAUGUUCCGUCCAUUUGAACUAAUCUAAACCCUGUAGAACAUGCAAUUCUAGAUUCUGUAGUACUUGGUGCAACAGGUCCUAUGCAACACAGAAACGGUUUUGAAGAUGGCGAGAACUGUCGUGCAGGAUUUGAUUAAAUAUGAACAGAUGACGUAUGAUCAGACUGGACACCUGGUCAUUGGACUGAACAUGAAUUUGCUUUGGUUGUAGUUCCCCAUAGGCAUGACCACACAACUCCCUGCUUUCUACAUUAUCUUAUUAUUGUUUUGAAGUGUUAAUUUUAAGCAACAGUAAGUUAACUCACCCUGAUUUUUGUUUUCUUUAAUGUCAUUCACUGAAGUCAAGGCAUCUGUGCUUUACCGAGACCUGAAUUCAGUAUGAAAUGUUUCAGGUCAGGACAUGAAGGCCACUCACAUACAUCUCUUGUGUUUCAGCGAGGCCGGCCUGUCGUCGACAGACACUAGUAACAGUGCCUUAUCUGAAAGCUGCACUAUCUCAGACAACUAAGGCCAUUUGCAGAGAAACACUUCAGAUUUCCAUGUCAUAGUACUAAACGAAAAUAAUCUAUGUUGAGUAUUAAAGAGUUGGCUUUUUUUGUUUAACAGAACACCAAUGAUACAUUAACAAGCAAAAAAAAGAGUAAAAACCAAGAAAGCCAUGGUAUAAAUGUAUAUAGUGUAAAAUAAUUUAGAGGUUGUGGAUAUUCUACAAGAAGUGGCUGAAUUUGCCUCGUUCACCUGGUGACUGUGCACCCUCCUACUGCGUUGAGCAAGGUCAUCCCAGAUCUGCCUCUUUCAUCAUCACCUUCAUCCUCAUCCUCUCCUGGUCUUUCCCCUGUAGGCAAUUUUCUUUCUCAGUAUUCCUGUUCUUUUCUUUUUCCUUCUGUCCCUUCUGUGAGUGAGUGAAGAUCACUCAUAGCUGACAGACCCCUCUGUGAGCAGCAAAGCCGAAGAAAAAGAGUAGAUGGGAUUUAGUUCACAUGAUUUUCAUCAUCUGAGAGACGCCAGGCCCAGGGAACUGAAGAGUGUUUACAAGAGAUCGAAGAUGCAUCAAAUGAUGUAGGCAACAUAUUUAACCCAUGCUAGUUUGUGAUCUGUGCGAGUGUCUUUUCUUUCGAUGCGUUUUAUUCUUCGUUUGUAAGCUAGAGUAGGUGCCUCUCUGUGUAUGCUUAAGCAAAGUCUUAGUGGAAGGAUGUUCUAGGUGUACAAUGAUGAACGAUUGCAAUUAACAUUUACUAAAUUCACAGAAUCUCCAAGCCUGUGGAAUAUUGUGUGCUGGAUGAAACAUUUUUUGUCAUGUUGUUUCUUUUCUUCUUUUUCCUUUUUUGUGCGAGUUGGAUUGGGGUGGGGCAAUAUGUGAUUACACUUUGUUUUUCUGAGCACUAUGACCAAGCAGAAUCUUUGUGUCAUACGAGUCGAAAAGAAGAGAGCAAGCAGUCAAUAUUUGUGCUUUCUGUGAAAAGAUUUGGAACUGAUGGACUCUCUCUAACUCUCUUUUUAUAUAUAUAUUUAUAUAGGGAAAGAGAGAGAGAAAAACAAAGUUUCACCAAGAGAAGUACAGAAGAGUGAUGUAAGAAGGACUUGAGAAAAUUUGCUGAUUUUAAUGCAUACGUUUGCAUGUUAACCGCUAGUUUCCUAUAUAAUUUUAAGAGCUGUUUUGAGUUGUCUCAGUUGUUUUUUUUUAAGUUGAAUAGUACUCUGGAUCUGUACCUUCAAGCACCAGUAGAAAAUUGCUGCAACUGACAGGCCAGAUUCUGGUUCUGCUUAAUCAGAGGCCUUUGACCACCAACAGCAGGUCAUGGUUAUAACCACUGAAACAUGUGAUAUGUGCAUUUAACAUUUUAGCAAACUCUGAGCUAUUUUGAUGCAUUUUUGCCAAUUUCUUAGUAGGAGUCAAUAGUAAUAUUGAUAUUUUUCAAUAUAAAUAUUCUUUAUUCUUUAAUGAUCAGGCCAGCAGAAUUAGUAGUGUUCAUUUCAUGGUCCAGCUUAAAAUAAUGGUCAAUUAAACAAUCAGUCCUAAUGCCAAGUCAUUGUAGGGGUUAAUAUGUAUUGAAAAAUUAGCAAAUGAAGGUCUGCUCUAGAUAUAUGUUUACAAUGUAGAAUGUAUACAGUAUAAGGCAUCACAGGUUGAAUUAUGUUCACUUUUCUUUGUAUUAACACUGUGAUUCUCUCAUACUUACUUCUCACUUCUUUUUACAUGCUGGAUCGGUGUGUGUAUGUAUGUAUGUUCAUUAAAUUAUACAAUGUCUUAUUA